CCCAGUUCUCCAAAGGCGUGUACGCCAUCAUCGGCCUCUAUGACAGGAAGACAGUCAACAUGCUGAUGUCGUUCUGCGGAGCGCUUCAUGUCUGCUUCGUCACGCCGUCCUUCCCCAUCGAGACCGCUAACCAGUUUGUGAUCCAGCUGAGGCCUGAACUGCAGGACGCUCUGGUGGGAGUCAUCGAGCACUAUGGAUGGACCAAGUUUGUCUACAUGUACAGCUCUGACUCAGGUCUCUCAGUGCUGCAGAAGGUUCUGGACACGGCAGCAGAGAAGAACUGGCUGGUGACCUCGGUCAACGUGGAGAGCAUGACGGGGGCGUCUUUCUUGAAAGUGUUCCAGGAUUUGGACAAGCGGAAGGAGGGACACAUCAUCAUAGACUGUGAGACUGAGAGACUCACUGGGAUUCUCAAAGAGAUUGUCGAACAAGGAAAGAACGCGAAGAGCUAUCACUACAUCCUGGCCAACCUGGGUUUCCUUGACAUCGACCUGACGGACCUGAGGAAAGGCGGCGCCAACAUCACUGGCUUUCAGCUUGUUAACAACUCCGAGCCGAGUGUGAGCCGCAUCGUGCAGCAGUGGAUGGAGUUUGACAACAAAGACUCCAAAGUGCCCAAAACUGGACUCAAAUACAUGGGCGCACUAACGUACGACGGGGUGAAAGUCAUGUCCACAGCCUUCCAGAAUCUAAGGAGACAGAGGAUAGACAUCUCUCGUCGCGGCAACGCCGGAGAGUGUCUCGCCAACCCACCAGCCCCUUGGGGACAGGGCAUAGACAUCCAGAGAGCCUUGCAGCAGGUUCGCAUUGAUGGAUUGACGGGUCACAUCCAGUUCAACGAGAAGGGUCGCAGGACCAACUAUACUGUUAGUGUCAUGGAACUGGCCCCAUUUGGACCCAAGAAGGUUGGCUACUGGAAUGAAGAUGAGAAGUAUGUGACCACAGCCAGCCUCGUGAGGACCAGCAACGAGUCACAUGGGCUAUUGAACAGGACGUAUAUAGUCACCACUAUUUUGGAGUCUCCCUACGUGAUGCUAAAAAAGAACCACGAACAGCUUACAGGGAAUGAUAAGUAUGAAGGCUACAUUGUAGAGCUAGCUGCUGAGAUAGCCAAGCAUGUGGGUUACCAGUACAAGCUGAAGAUUGUUUCCGAUGGCAAGUAUGGAGCCCGAGAUCCUGAAACAAAGAUGUGGAAUGGCAUGGUUGGAGAACUGGUGUAUGGGAAAGCGGAUCUGGCCGUCGCUCCUCUUACUAUCACCCUUGUCCGCGAGGAGGUGAUAGACUUUUCCAAGCCCUUCAUGUCUUUGGGCAUUUCCAUCAUGAUCAAGAAGCCCACCAAGUCCAAGCCUGGAGUGUUUUCCUUUCUGGACCCGCUGGCUUACGAGAUCUGGAUGUGCAUCGUGUUCGCCUACAUCGGCGUCAGCGUCGUCCUCUUCCUCGUCAGUCGCUUCAGCCCUUACGAGUGGCACGCCGAAGACUACGAGGAGGGAGCCGAGCCUCAGACUCCCACACAGGCGGCGGCCUCCAACGGGGUGCAGCCGAGCCAGACGCCGACGCAGCAGAACGCCAACCAGCAGAGCCCAGAACAGACCAACGAGUUUGGCAUUUUCAAUUCGCUGUGGUUUUCACUGGGCGCCUUCAUGCAGCAGGGUUGUGAUAUCUCACCACGGUCUCUUUCAGGUCGUAUCGUUGGUGGCGUCUGGUGGUUCUUCACCCUUAUCAUCAUCUCGUCCUAUACUGCCAACCUGGCUGCUUUCCUGACCGUGGAGAGGAUGGUGUCUCCUAUAGAGAGCGCUGAGGACCUGGCUAAGCAGACGGAGAUCGCCUAUGGAACGCUAGACGCCGGCUCCACUAAAGAGUUCUUCAGGAGGUCAAAAAUUGCCGUGUUUGAGAAGAUGUGGUCCUACAUGAAGGCAGCCGAUCCUUCCGUGUUCGUAAAAACAACAGACGAGGGAGUGAUGAGGGUCAGGAAAUCCAAAGGCAAGUACGCCUACUUGCUGGAGUCCACGAUGAACGAGUACAUAGAGCAGAGGAAGCCAUGUGACACAAUGAAGGUGGGGGGGAACCUGGACUCUAAAGGUUACGGAAUUGCAACGCCCAAAGGCUCCCCUCUAAGAAACCCAGUAAACCUGGCAGUGUUAAAACUGAACGAGCAAGGCCUCUUGGACAAAUUGAAAAACAAGUGGUGGUACGACAAGGGAGAGUGCGGCAGCGGGGGCGGGGACUCCAAGGACAAGACGAGUGCUCUUAGCCUCAGCAAUGUGGCAGGCGUCUUCUACAUCCUGAUUGGAGGCUUGGGUCUAGCCAUGCUCGUGGCACUGGUGGAGUUCUGCUACAAAUCGCGGACCGAGUCCCACCGAAUGAAGCAGUCCAUCAACGACGCCAUGCGCUGCUCCACAUUGACCAGGAUGAGCAGGAACGGGAGCGGAGGAGAGAACGGACGAAUCCUCACCCACGACUUCCCCAAAACCGUUCAAACGCUGCCCUGUAUGAGCCACACCGCCAGCAUGGGACUGGGCGCCUCCGGCAUGUGAUCGCCCCCCCGUUCUGCUGGGAUGGACAGACUGUCAGGGUGGGGCAGAACGAGAGCGCUGAGACUCCGCUGACCUAAAGAUCCCCACUGUCUGCUUCAGACCAAUCUACUCUCCUGGCUGUCAAUGUGCUUGACUAAAACAAACAAAAAACAACAACAACAACAUAAAACAAAGACUUGAAUUUACUGCCAAAAUGCACUCGCCAAACCGCUCCCAAAUAAACUAUGAACAGACUCAACUUUUUUUUAAUAAAUGGAUGUUUUAACAUAAAAGAUACAGAAAACUGAAGGGAUGUGUGCUGCAAUAAAAAAGCUGUUAGCGAGGCGUGAUUUUGACAUUUUUUACCGUGUUCAUUUGUGCGAAAUGAAAAAAAAAAGACUCAUUCUUCAGCGUGACGGCAGAGCUCUGCCAUUUCGAUGGAGGCGUUGACCUUCACCUGCGUGUGCAAUACUCCUGGCAGGACGUGUCUUUGCACGGAUCUGACAAAGGACGAUGAUAACUUGUGAUUGCUUUGGGGACAUUCGCCCUUCCAGUUCUUUUUUUUUUUCAAUCCAUUUUUAAAGAACGGAUGGAUCUGUUCAUGAUAAACUAUACGGUUUAUGAUGUAAUCGAGCAGAGCCUGGUGAGAAAAGGUCUGAGCCUACUGCUGACGGAGACGGCUACAGUGAACACGCAUUGCUGCUACGCCUCAUUUCACACUUCAUGCCUUGUCUUGGUGCCAUACGUCCUUCCCCUACAAAUGCACAAAGAUAAUCUCUAUACUUGUUUGGGUGGUUAAUGGUCAAAGUCGAAAAUGUCCACAUUAAUCUAAAGAUUCUUUUUUUGGCUGUGUUUAGCCAUGAUGGACCUUACACUGUAUUCUCCUGUUGUGUAAAAUCCACAGCAUUUCUCAUAAAGAACAUCCUCCAUUUUAUGGGAGGCCAUAUUGUUCAGCCACUCCUGGGUUUAGUUUCAGUGAAAUUGGCAGCAUGCACUGUCGCUAACCGAUCCGUACCGGUAGCACGAUCCGUACCAUCAGCUCAUUUGCGC